AUGAGCGCGCCGGUUAACCGGUUCAAUAGAAAGAGAGUCGCCAUCGUCGGCAGCGGCUGCUCUGGCAUCGCCGCCUUGUGGGCGCUCAACCGUACAUAUCACGAUGUCCACCUGUACGAGGCGGCCGAUCGCCUCGGCGGCCACACAAACACUGUGCAAUGGAGCGCCGGAAAGUUCAAGACGGCCGUUGACACUGGCUUCAUCGUUUUAAACACAGCCACGUACCCCAAUUUCAUCAACUUUCUCAGCAAGGUCGGAGUAGAGACGGAACCGACAGACAUGACCUUUGGCGUCUCGCGCGACCACGGCGCCUUUGAAUGGGCUGGCACAAGUCUCAGCGCCGUCUUUGCCCAGCGACGGCGUAUCUUCUCCCCUCGCAUGUGGCGCAUGAUUUUCGAUUUUGUCCGCUUCAACCAGUUUGCACUCGAUCUCCUCAUCGACGGCGACCAAGACGCAUUUGACGGUCGCAGCAGGUACUCCGCCAAGCGCGUGGACCCAAACGAGACUAUUGGCGCCUACCUGACCCGCGAAGGCUACUCUGACGCAUUUCGCGACGACUACCUGCUUCCCAUGGCCGCGGCCGUCUGGAGUACCGGUCCGGACAAGUGCGGCCUUGACUUUCCCGCCAUUGCGCUCGUCCGAUUCAUGUGGAACCAUCAUCUGCUAUCAACCGUCUCCGCGCGACCCGAAUGGCUGACCAUCAAGGAGGGCGCGCAAGCAUACAUUCAAGCCGUCAUGAGAGGCUUUCCGCCAAAUCACCUGCACCUCAAUACGGCCGUGCGGCAAAUCAACAACAGCGCCGACGGCCGCGUACUGUUGAGCCUGGAAGAUGGCAACACCGAAGUAUUCGACCACGUCAUCCUCGCGACCCACGGCGACCAAGCGCUUGCGCUUCUCGGACCCUCCGCCACUGAGAAGGAACGUGCCGUUCUCUCAUGCUUCCAGACGUCCCAGAACGAGGCCGUGCUGCACUCUGAUACUAAUUUUAUGCCGCGCAAUACCCGUGCGUGGGCCGCCUGGAACUACCUGACCCUAUCCUCGCCCUCGACCGGCAAGGCCAAUAUUGACAAGGUCUCUCUCACCUAUAACAUGAACAUUCUGCAGCACAUCCCGCAAGAUCCCUUUGGCGACGUCCUCGUCACCCUGAACCCGCUCCAGCGUCCGCGCCAGUCGACUGUCCAGGGCCGUUUCUUUUACUCACAUCCGUUAUACACGCCCGGCGCCUUCCGUGCGCAGAGGGAGCUCCCGCAAAUCCAGAACAAGCGCGGCAUCAGCUAUGUCGGCGCCUGGACUAACUAUGGCUUCCACGAGGACGGCUUCAGCAGCGGCCUGGCCGUCGCGCAGAACCAUCUCGGCGCCAAGCUGCCCUUUGAGUUCAAGGACUCGACGUACAGCAGAGGCAGAAAGCCGCAGCUCGGCUUGACGGACUACAUUCUGCGAUUCUUCAUUCUGCUCAUCCAGCUCUUCAUUGUAUUGACUUUUGACCGAUUCUCCGCUGUGCGCAAAAGACGGAGCGUGCUAAACGGCACGCCCAAGGCCUACCGGAAGAAGCUCAACUAA